AUGGCCCUGGCUGUUAGCUUGCCUGUGGAAAGUGUAACUCGGGAAUCGUUCUCGUCGCUCUACAUUCUACUCAAGAGCUCCAUUGCAGUCGUGGAAGCCGCGAACAUCCACUCUUUGGAGGUGGUUCAAUCGAGACUGCUGAUGUGUCUCUUUGAAGUCGGGCAUGCAAUUGAGCCUACAGCUUCCAUAUCUCUCGGGACAACUGCCAGAGCUGCCGUUGCGAUUGGAUUGAAGCAGACACUUGACUGCCUUGGAUCGACCAGCCAAGAAGCGUAUUCGAUAACAGAAGUUUGCCUCCGGGUAUGGUGGGGUAUCGUUAUGCUUGACAGAUGGUACACCAUUGAGCGAGGAGAUAGGCCUUGUGCAACACAAAAUCUUGGGCCGCCUCAACACUUACCAAGAGACGGUGGUAGAGGGGAUGAGAAUGCACUACCACUAUCCACUCCGUCAAGUGUCCGAGUUGGCCCCUUCUCGAGGCAGGCACAAGUUCCCCACAUUCUCGACAUUCUCGUGAUGCAUCUACGCAACCACAAGGUCACAAAGAGAUUCAACGCCGAAUCUGUAGAUCAAAUUGCAAAGACUCUAACGUCGUUCUCCAUGCUUUUGCCAGAAGAGUCCCCGGAACCAUGGCCCAGAUAUUGUGGAGCUAUUGGGAUGUGCUACAGUGCAUUGAUGACAAUUUACGAGCCACGUCCCUGCACAGCUUUGUCUGUUGAGUUCACUCGUUCCGACGCUCCAGAAUCUCUCAAGUCUGCUUUGGCUCGUAUCAGACUACUCCCCAAGAAAUUUAACGGAAGUAUCGAGAAGGCCGAUUGCGAAGCGAUUUCUCCUUUCCCUCCACACAGUCUCGCGAAAGCGGCCAUAAUGCACUAUCGUCUCUGGUCCGAGGCAUCCGACAACAGCCAUAUCGAAGCAGCCGACUCAUUACUCACCAUGAUCAAACACUUCAGUAAGAGAUGGGAUAAUGCAGCAAAACACGUGGCUCGUCUAGAAGAAGUCCGCAGAAACUUUGUUCCUUCCGACGACUCUAGUUCAGCCUUUUGA